AUGAGUGAUGUCGAGGCUGUCUCACUACCCACUGCCCUGGAUGUUGGUGCCAAUACGCUCGCGGCCGUGAAGGCGAACGCCCCAGGAUCCCCUGGAAGGCCGAAUCCGCCAACACGACGCGCUAGUCUGGGAUCGAAUCCGGGAGUAUUGGAGGACGAUGAGCAGGGACCCCCGAGUCCUAAGGCGGAUUCGGAGGCGGAAACCAUUAUUCAAUCCGGCAGGGAGUCGCUGUCCCCCGAAAAGAAACGCAAACACAUUCGCCAUGAUCCAUUACGCCAGGCCGUUGACGGGGUCGACGGCAUUCAGCGAAAGAAACCACGUAUCAAUGGUGAUCGGAGGCAUUCGGUUUCCCGGUCGCCCAGUCCCUCUCAGCGUGCUAGAUCGCCUCCGUCAGUCGUCAAGAUCGAGAAAUUCGAGGAUCCUCUGUCGGUACCACGAAAUGUAUUGGAUGAAGCCUGUCUGAACCAAGCCGACAAGCCACGAAUCUAUCGCAAAAGGAGUUUCAGUGACAGCGUAGACGAGAAGGGCGAACGUCGCCGUGGCUCGCACGCUGAUCUCAAACAUGUCAACCAUCUUCAUCUUCCCCAUCCCCCAAAUACCCGCUCUCUCUCCCCCUCCCGCCCAUCACAUCAGCGUUCUGCGUCGGGCUCCCAGAUCCAAUCCAAGAAAAAGGCCCCUACUCCCCUUCUUACCGGUUUCCCGCGACAGCCGUCAGAAGACCGACAGUCCACAUCGUCGUCGGCGAGUGGCUCUCCGUUACCAAGUGCUCACUUGCGCCGUUUGGGUUCUGGGGUGGGCGCUUCGGCGUCCCCCGCGAAACAUAUGGGACCAAAGAAGCUGCGCGACAAAAGUGGUCGGACCCCGCUCGCUAGAGCAUGUGCCGAUCGGAAACAUGAUCAAGUGGUCUUGCGUUUCAAUGAACGUCCGGAAGAUCUGAAUGUCCCCGAUAAUGCGGGAAACACGCCUUUGCAGAUUGCUUCUCUCAAUGGAGAGGCCUCGAUUGUCAAAUUCCUAUUGGAUUCGGGUUGCGAUAUCAAUACCAAAAAUAUCGAUAAGGAUACACCUCUAAUCGACGCGGUGGAAAAUGGUCAUGUGGAUGUAGUCAAAGUCUUGCUCGAAGCCGGCGCAAAUCCUCGCACCGUGAACGCCUCCGGAGAUGAACCAUACGAACUAGUGUCGACCGACUUGAAUGAUGACGAGUAUGAUGAGAUCAAGAAGGCGCUUGCGGAUGCAAAGGCCAGUGCACGACCGGGCCGUCGAUCGGAAGAGCGUGUUGGGUCAGAAAGCAAGGGCCCAUCGUCUCGAAGAGCAUCUGCUGCUAGUCAAUCACGGAGUCCCCCACCAAUAGGCAGUACCGCCGCUGGUCGCCGCAAGACUGGCCGAAGCGAAGCAACAAGGAAUGACCUGUUAUGGACGCAACCAACCCCGGAGAAUCUCAUGAACUUUGCUGCCAAGGGCGAUGAGAUGGGGGUGGUGAGCAUACUGAACGUACUGCAGAAAGCGGACAAUGCAUCCUUGAUUGCGGCCGCAAAGGGAGGUCAUCACGACGUGCUAUCGCUGAUGUAUGCCAUGGGAAAUGCGGACGCUGAUCCAAAUCCGCUACGUGGCGCUGGUCUCAAAUCCGGCUAUAACACACCGAUGCUGGCUGCGAUAGGCAGAGGCAAUACCGCCGUCAUCAAUCUCAUUCUCAGCCAACCAGGCUUCAAUCCUACCCGUCGCUUAUAUGAUGAUCGAACUUACUUCGAACUUUCUGCAUCCCGUCAAGGUGAGAAUUGGGAAGACGAAUACGAUAUUCUCAAGUCAGCCUACGAGAAAUACCCAGGAGGCAGCAAAGGCCGCAAAGCUGUCUCUUCGCCCCGUCAAUCGCGCAAGGAUAAGGAUGAGAAACGAUCCGCCCGAAGAGAUUCAUCGUCUCCCGUGCCUCGCCCAAAGAAACCCAAUGAUAGUCCCACACGCAAACCCCGCCCCCACAAAGACAUCGAAUCCCUCAAGGAGAUAAAGGAGAUAAAGGAGAAGCGACGCGAGAAGGAGCGAGCUGGACUGCUCAGUGCUCGCGCCAAGUUGAAUCGUGAUGCGAGUGAGAAGGCGCUUGCCAACUCUGAUCAUGACUCAACCCACCCUGACUCCGCGAAACCGAAAUCUGUACCCCCAGUACGCAGGGAUAGCGAAUCUAGUGGUGCGAUUCGCCCCGAUGAGAUUCGAAAACGCCGCCUCAUCGCCGGCCGCCGCCCUCAAGAGCGUGACCGUCGCCCCAGUCUUUUUUCAUCCGAUUCUCUAUCCGGCCGCGAAGAAGCCCCCAAGUCGCGCAAUGAUGCUGCACCAGAUACAAACGCCUCCCUCAAACGCAUUCGAACCGAAGCGUCUCCCGAAAGAUCUCGCUCACGAGGCGCGGACAGUGACCGGCUUUCACCUGAGUCUCGGAAGCAGAAGAAAAGACGUGUCCUGGCUGAUGACAAGUCCUCGAAUGUACCUAAUGGUCAUCAUCGCAAGACCGAGGACACAGCUGACGCCGAGAAACCUAAACACCGCCGAUCUCAAGAGGAUGGAAAUGUGGAUGCACCGCGCAAAUCUGUUGAGUCCAAGAAGCCAGAGCUUGCCCCUCCAAAAGCAGCCAAGGUCGAUACCGCCCAUAAGAAUGGUGAUAUCAAACCAGAGCCAUCGGAGUCAGUCGAGAAACCCGUCGUAGAUGUUUCCGCAGAGGAGAAACGCGCCGAAAUUGAGGCAGAAAAACGACGACAGGCAAAGGCCAGAAAGGCAGAGGAGGAGCGCAUUGCGGAAGAAAAGCGUCUCGCAGAAGAAGCUGAGCGUGAACGAAUUGCCAAGGAAGAAGCAGAACGAGCUGCUAAAGCUGCGCAAGCCGCACGCGAGAAGGCAGAGGAGGAUGAACGCAAGCACAAGGAAGCCGAACAACGACGAGCCAAACAAGCCGAGGAUGAACGACAGAAGCGACUUGAACAGGAGCGAGCUCGCAUUAUGAAGAUGCGUCGCGACCAGGAGAUCCAGGAACAACGUCGCCGUGACGCUCUUCCCGGCCGUCUUCGUAUCUCUGCGAAUUUAGUUGGCUCCAAUGACCGUUACAGUAAAAGCCGCGACUGGCUUCAAAAGUUUACGCCUCUGGUUACCGUGUUUACUCGGCAGCUUGAACCCACUUGUGCUGUGGACGUGGCGGACGAAAGAUGGAUUCCGAACUACUUGGUUGCGCCCCUGCUAGCUACCAAUGACCUUCAAUUGGCGCAGUACGCUAGCUGGGAGAAACGCAAGGCCACCCCGACUCAGCGCAACAAUCUCUGGCGAUGUACUCGUCGUCACUUGGUUCACACAGAUGACCCCAAGUACCGCGAUGCAUCGUUCGGAGAGAUCAUGCAGCUGGAUUCGGAGACGGAGCCCAAGUAUUUCGGUAUGGAACAUGUGUUCUGGAUCAGGCUUUCUGAUUUCAUGGACCUCGUCCCCCACAUCCCCCAUCUGAACGGACUCAGACUCGACGACUUCUUGACCAUGCAUAUCGACCCAGAGCCUUCCUCUUCCAAUGCUCAAAUGAACGGUCACGCUCCGGCAGCCAUUGCUGAAACAAAUGGCACCGGAAUUCCUAACGGCCAUGGCUAUCCACGGGCCGGUACAUAUUUCUAG